AUGGAGAACUAUGAUGUGUUGGAGCAGAUUGGGAAAGGCUCAUUUGGUUCUGCAUUGCUUGUUAGGCAUAAACAAGAGAAGAAGAAGUAUGUUCUGAAGAAAAUCCGCCUUGCUCGUCAGACUGAUAGAACACGAAGAUCAGCACACCAGGAGAUGGAGCUUAUUUCCAGGGCUCGAAAUCCAUAUAUUGUCGAGUACAAAGACUCCUGGUUAUCCUGUUUUGUUAAUUUAUUUAGGUCCGAAGCCAUUAAAAAGGCAAAUGGAGUUCAUUUCUCUGAGGAGAAGCUCUGCAAGUGGCUGGUUCAACUGUUGAUGGCACUUGAUUAUUUGCACACCAACUAUAUUCUUCAUCGUGAUGUCAAGUGUUCGAACAUAUUUCUGACUAAAGAUCAGGACAUUCGUUUAGGGGAUUUUGGUCUUGCUAAAAUACUGACUUCUGAUGAUCUAGCUUCUUCUGUGGUGGGCACACCAAGUUACAUGUGCCCUGAGCUUCUUGCUGAUAUACCUUAUGGUUCAAAGUCGGACAUCUGGUCCUUGGGAUGCUGCAUUUAUGAAAUGGCUGCUCACAAGCCUGCAUUUAAAGCCUUUGAUAUACAAGGUUUGAUCAACAAAAUAAAUAAAUCCAUAGUAGCUCCACUUCCAGCUAUGUAUUCUGGUCCCUUCCGUGGACUCGUCAAGAGUAUGCUUCGCAAAAAUCCCGAGAUUAGGCCAAGUGCUGCAGACUUGCUGAAACAUCCACACCUCCGGCCCUAUGUACUAAAUGUUCAUCUCAAGUCGAACAACCCCAGACGACACACUUUUCCCACUCUAUCAUCCGAACCAAAUUUCGUCAAGAAAACAGCAUUUACUGCAAACUCAGAAGCUGUCAAAAGAGAGAAAAGGUUAUCGUUCGGCAACAACAGGGCUCUCAAUCCAAGCAUAUCGGGAAAUGACCUGGACACUCCUUGUUCCUCUGAAAGAGCUCACAAAUCAUUGAGCCAUUCGAACGAGAAAUUUUCAGACUUGUCUAUUGGCAGUGUGGUUCAGGACAUAAGCGUGAAGAAACCGGUGAUGGCAAAGUUCUCAGGUGCCGCCGCCUUGAAAACCCCAAGAACUGUAUCGGCCAAGGCUUACAAUGCAAAUCCCAGAAGACACUCAUUGACACCAUCCAGAAUAUCGAAUCCUGGCUCAACCCGCGAAUUGCUCCCGGUUUCUCACACUCCGGCCCGAAAGCCCUCCCUCCAGAUGGCACGCCGGGCUUCCCUCCCUCUCUCUUCACGAGCCGCCCCACCAUCCCCUUACAAGCCGUGCCCGGCCCUUCUCGGUGGGGCCGAGUCUCCUGACGUGUCGGUCAACGCCCCACGCAUGGACAAGAUGGUUGACACCUCGGUAUCCGUGCAGUGCUCGUAUAACGGCCGCUCGAUCACCAAGGACAAGUUCACAGCCGUGUACAACGGUAGCGACUGUUCGGAGAACGACCGCUCGUCCUCCAACAACUCGCGCCUGAGGAAAUUCAACACCCGUUCGUACCAGCAGCGGGCCGAGGCUUUGGAAGGUCUGCUCGAGUUUAGUGCACAGCUGCUUCAGCAGGAGAGGAUCGAUGAGCUGCAGGUGCUUCUGAGGCCGUUCGGGCCCGAGAAGGUGUCCCCUCGGGAGACUGCCAUUUGGCUAACAAAGAGCUUCAAGGAGAAUGUCGUGUGA